CACCUCCUGCACAACCUCUCACUCACAAGAUGAUUUAUCAAGCCACAGUAAUUCUGGUUGUGUUGGUCGUCGCCCAUGCCUUCCCUGGCAACUACGGCCCAGUGUAUGCCUCUGUCCCUUUACCUUACGGCUUCAACUACGCCGUGAACGACGCUUACAAGGGAACCAACUUCGGCCAGAGUGAGAAGUCCGACGGGAACAGCGUCUGGGGAUCCUACACCGUCGCCCUCCCCGACGGUCGCAAACAAACCGUGGACUACACAGCUGACCACGGCAGGGGAUUCGUGGCCAAGGUCAGCUUCUCCGGCAAGGCUCAGCACCCCAAAGUUUCUGGUCCUGCCGUCGUCUUCCCUCAAAACGGAGGCGGAUAUCAUUAAAUGACAAAUUCUUCUGAUUCUA